UUGGGUGUUUCAUAACAACGCCGUGCACUUCAGUAUAAAAUGAGCUCUGAUCUACCUCGUAAACAGAAUGUUUGCCGGGUUCAAUGGAUUGAAACGUGAUCAAAGCGAUUUUCUGAAAGGGAAUCUUGCUGACCUUCAAAAUGAAGGGUCUUUUCCUCGUGGAGCCGGUGGUUGCCCUGUACGCUUUCUCCAGUUUUCUCAUCUAUCCUCUUGUUCAGCAGUAUGUGUACCGGAGGUUCUGGCAGCAGGUGACAAACACCACCUAUCCCAUCUCUGACAACACCUCCAGAUGUGCAGCAAACAGCAGCAGCAACUAUUCAAGCUACCAUGAGGAGGUACAGAGGCAGGCAUCUAUUUUCUUCCUUUACACAGACCUCUUCUCCACAAUCCCCUCUUUGGUUGUCACACUCUUGCUUGUGGCCUAUAGUGACAAGGGAGGACGAAAGAUCACAAUCAUAAUGCCUUUGAUUGGCAUGCUGAUCUACACCUCGGCCUUCCUGACAGUGUCCUUCUUUGAGCUCAACAUUUACUUGCUCAUUGGCUCCUCAAUUCUCACUUCUCUGUUUGGCGGCUUGGGUACAUUUCUGGGGGGCUGUUUUGCCUAUAUAGCAGACUUGUGUGAGGAUGGUCGUGAGAAGACACUGCGCAUGGCUGGACUGGACAUGAUGAUUGGCCUGUUGUCUGGGGUUGCCUCAAUAUCAACCGGCUACUUUCUGAGAGCUGCAGGCUUUAACUGGCCUUUCCUAACAUCUGCGUUAUGCCAGUGUUUGAUCCUAAUCUAUGCCAUUUUCAUCCUAGAAGAGACCGUAAAGAAGGUUCCCACUAAUGCCAUUAUUCUAGAUGGGUCUCCUCAGCGCUCAGCCUUGAAACAAAUGAUCCACAGGGUCUACCAGAUGUUUGUAGGGGCCAGCCGCAAAUACACAACUGUCUUGAUCCUUUUGAUGCUCAUCUUCACCUGCUUCUCCUUUGCAUAUGUGGGUGGGAUCACCUUGAUCACACUAUAUGAGCUUAAUGAGCCACUGUGCUGGACUGAGAUUUUGAUUGGUUACGGCUCAGCACUGUCCACCACUGUGUUCCUGGUCAGUUUUGUGGGAGUUUCAGCAUUCACGUACUGUGGUGUGCCACAGUUGGUCAUUGUCCUGAUGGGGAUCCUGUCCGUCGUAUCAGGCAUGGUCCUGCUGGCGUUUGCUAAGACCACUUUACUGAUGUUCAUAGUGAGGGUGCCAAUGCUUCUCUCCAUCAUGCCAUUCCCUGUUCUACGCUCCAUGAUGUCAAAGAUCAUCUCAAAGUCUGAGCAGGGAGCCCUGUUUGCCUGUCUUUCCUUUCUGGAGAGUUUAAAUAACAAUGUAUCAAGCGCAGUCUUCAGCAGUGUUUAUGCUGCUACGGUGGCAUGGUACCCUGGGUUCAUCUUCCUGUUGUCUGCAGGACUCUGUGUCAUCCCUUUGUUUCUCCUAGGGGUGGUGGGUCUGAUAGGAGUGGAUGUUGCCGAAGAGGCAAAACGGGCAGAGCCUGACGUCUCAGGGGAGGAGGAUUCUUUUGAAGAUCAGAACGACACCAGUCCUCUUAGCAGAGCCACAUAGACUGCAGAAAUCUCACCAGCACUUAAUAAAUACAAUAUAUAGCCAUUUAUUCUGAUACCUUUCCAAAAGUACCUCAGUGACUCUUAUGUUAAUAAUGCAGGUUACACAUUCAUCUCUCUUGAAUUAAAUAAAUGUCAAUGUGGUAGCAUAAAUAGGAUAUAAAGCAUUUCAGUGAAGACAUGUUAAGUGACAUACAUGCAUCAAAUAUAACAGGUCUUUAAUUGGGAAUCGUGUGUUAGCAUUUUCAGACAUUAUUUAUACCUCAAAAUGGCCUGACAUUACUGCUACACAUUGAAAAAGAACUUCACUUUUCAUAUAGUUUUACAGUGUGAUAUGAUUUGCAAUGUGACUUGUCUCUUUGUCUCUCCCUUUUAGUGCAAUAUUAGUUAAUGUCUUUACAGCUCCACUGGCAACCGUUUCUAAGAGGAAAUUUAAUUCAACACACCAACUAUGCAAUGUCACACAAAUCUUGUUUACUAUUUACCAUUUUAUCUUUCAAACAAGUCUACAAUUAGUUAAUAAAAUGCUAAUGAUAAAAUCUGAAACCCAAAAUAAAUUAGCAAAUAUUGUAGCAUACUGUACAUGUGAAUGUCUAAAAAAGGUCAAACCGUGAAGCAUGUAUCCCCCAGAGCGAGGUUGGGAAUUUUAAAAGGAACCAGUCAGUGCUUUUAUGCUGUUUUUAUGACGCUUUUAUUAAAGUUGUCCUCUAACAUUAAUGUUAGGCGAUUGGUAUGAUAAGGAAGGAAAAGAGCCUUAUGAUGGCAAAAGCUUUUCAAGUUCAAAUGACAAAAAGAUAACCAUUAAAUGUUUAAAGUUAAUUAAAGGUUUUUGAUGGAAAAAUGGUGGGUGGUUUAUAAAGUGUGACCAGAAUAUGUUAUUUUUAUGUGUCUACCCUUUACUCUGCUACAACUAUUAAAUUAAAACAGGCAAUGACAUAGUUUUAUUAAUUUAUUUGUAGUAACCACUAUUUUGUUUUGUGAAUCAAUUCCAAAUGUAUCAUACAAAUAUAAUUGGACACACUUACACAAAUAUAGUGUGGUUUUUUUGUUUUUUCUUUCUUUUGAAGUUUAUCUCGAAAGUGCAAAUAUUCAAACAAUUAAAAUGUUUUUCACGUGUGGUAUCUAUUAUCAAUUUCCUUAAUGUGUAUGUUUAUGUCUUUGUCUCUCGGCUUAGCUGUAGACCUCUGCAUUGCGUCCACAUCUCUGAGUUGUUAAAUGACUCAAACCGACUUGAAAGAAGUGAAACAAAAUGAUAAAUCUGAUAAUCAGGCUGCCCCUUCCCCACUCUGUGCUUAGAGUUCAGUUGCAAGGUUAGUUUUUCUGUAGUCACAGAUUCACCAGUCAGCGGUGACAAAAUAAAAUACAUUCAUUUUUAGGUUGUCUUUAAAGUUGUGGGUGUUUAUGGCAUGAGUUAUUUAAAUAUGUAUGCUGUUUCCCAUGCAGCUUAAGAACAGAACAUUGUAAGUGAUGUUGUAUUUUAUAUAUUAGCCACUAGGUGUCACUCUUGGUCUAGGCUUACAGGCACACUGACAUGCUACCCCCAAAUGUCAUCAGCCAGUAACAGACAUGUAAAGCCCAACAUAAAAUACCCAGCUAUUGUAGACAUGGUAAUAAAGAAAAUAUGUUAUGUUAGGAUAUGUUUUUAAUCCUGUAAGCCGUCUUAAAUAGAUGAAAUUGUUAAAGAUAUUAAUGUAGCUGUAAAUCUCUUAUAUGUAUUCACUCAUUUUCAUUAAAAAUGCUUAAGUGUACCCUG